GGGCAAAGUCACCCUCUGUCCCUGUUGAGAGACACCAGGCUCUAAUAAUGGGGGUGAAGGGACUUGGAAGUGGGGAAGCAGAAGGAGGGCUGCUGAGCUGUCCACUCACGGUGCUGCUUUUCUUCCAGACCAGAGCCCAUGGCUGGGCCCAGUGCCCACAUUGUCCCUAUGCUCUUCCUCGCCCUGCUGGUGCUCCUGGAGCUGAGCCUGGCAAGCUCUCUGGGGCCUGGAACCCCUGCUCGGAACCUCCCUGAGAAUCACAUCGACCUCCAGGACCCAGGACUGUGGAUGCCUCAGGCCAGCCACCACCGCCGGCGGGGCCUGGGCAAGAAGGAGCGGGGCCCAGGCAUGCCCGGCCGGGCCCAAGACGGAACUGUGGUCUCCACCAGCAGGCAGGCCUCCAGGCUGCCAGGGGCAGGGGAGCUGCUGCCUGGGCAGAGUCCUGCAGGGCUGGUCCAGGACAAGGAGCUGCUCCUGGGGCUGGCGCUGCCCUACCCUGAGAAGGAGAACCGGUCUCCUGGGUCAGAGAGGGUCAAGAAACGCAGCAGGGAGCACAAGAGGCGCAGGGAGAGGUUGAAACUGCACAGAGGCCGAGCCCUGGUCCGGGGUCCUAGCUCCCUGAUGAAGAAAGCAGAACCCUCCAAAGACCAGGCACCGGAUGCCACGAUGGAGGAGUCCUCCACCAGCCUGGCCCCCACCAUACUCUACCUAACCACCUUUGAGGCAGCCCCUGCCACAGAAGAGUCCCUGAUUCUGCCUGUCACAUCCCUGUGGCCCCAGGCUCAGCCCAGGCCUGAUGGGGAGGUGAUGCCCACGCUGGACAUGGCCUUGUUCGACUGGACUGAUUACGAAGACUUAAAACCUGAAGUCUGGCCCUCUGCUAAAAAGAAAGAGAAACACCGGGGUAAACUCUCCAGCAAUGGUAACGAGACAUCAGCAGCUGAAGGGGAGCCGUGCGACCAUCACCAAGACUGCCUGCCAGGCACCUGCUGUGACCUUCGAGAGCACCUCUGCAUGCCCCACAACCGCGGCCUCAACAACAAAUGCUUUGAUGACUGCAUGUGUAUGGAAGGGCUGCGCUGCUACGCCAAAUUCCACCGGAACCGCAGGGUCACGCGGAGGAAGGGGCGCUGCGUGGAGCCCGAGACGGCCAACGGCGACCAGGGAUCCUUCAUCAAUGUCUAGCGGCUCUGCGGGAGGCGCCUCCCUACCGGCCUGGGGAGGGCGCGCCGCGCGGAGGUUUGGAGAAGCCGGGCGAUUUGUUUAGAACUAGCAGUGGGAGAUCAGGUAGGGGACCCGAUGACCGAGGCUGCAGGCUCAAGCCCGGGACCCUCAGCUCCGGGAGGGGAGCGCUGGGCGGGCUGUUCCCCCCCCCCCAGGAGCGGACCUGUAGCACACCUGUGCCCACCUCCCCGCCCCCGGGGGACUCGCCAGGCCUGCGCCUCCCGGUGGCCUGGUUCUCCGCGAUGGCAAUGUCGAGAGUGCCCUCUACUGCCCAACCUCAGCACUGCAACAGCUUGAAGUCAAGACGGAGAGGUUUCUGAGCGCUUCAAGAAAGGGAAACCGCCAGAGACAGAGAACCCCAGGAAAUGAGUGUGGAACACCUCAUGAGUAUGUACCAGGCACGGUGCUAAAUGCGUGCCAUACGUUAUCUCAUUUAGUUGCCACUAUGACCUUUCAAAGGAGGCAUUAUCACCGUUUUACCGAGGCAGAGUGAGUUAGGACUUGUCCAGGGUCCCAGAUCAAUGUCCCUCAAACCUUAACUUGUGUAAGAAUCCCUGGGAUCUGGCUAAAAUGGAUUCUGGUUGGGUCCAUUCUGCAUUUUUGACAAGCUCCCCGGGGGCAUGCUGCUGCUGCUGAUGGGGACGCCUCCGAGAGCACCCAGGUCCUAGGGAGUAAAUGCCCAAGUCCAAGCCUGUCAGGUUCCCGGGCCCAUAUCCUUCCUUCUGCACAACCACGGACUUAUUCCAAAUUCUCCAUGGCUUUCAGUGAGAGAGAAGCGCUCCUUGGGAGCUCCUUUCACGGUCAUGAGAUCUGCGAUAACAGGCUGUUCUCCUCCUCCCCUGGACAAAGGUGUAUCAUCUUAAAAAAACAAAGCAUGCAUUAAGCCCCUGCUUGCUGGGAAGGCAUGAUUUGGGAAGAUUGGCCGCUGCCCUCUGGGAGCUGGUAAUCUGAGAUAUGAUGUGUUUGGGGGAAACAAUAGUGCUGUUCCUUCUAUUUCUGUGGCUCUGCUCACGCAGUCCCAGGACAUGCACUUUGACGUUGCCCCAUAGCUUCUUUAGUUUCUGUAGUUCAUGCCCUUUGAGAAUCGAAUGCCGAUAUGGGGUCAAAAAAAUGCACUCAUUGCGCAUGUGCACCCACUUUGCACACUGCCUUAGUGGCUUCCAGGCCUCCCACAGACCACCUCUAGACCCCCCCUACCCCACACUACUGUAGCAGAGCCUUACUGAGGCCUUGGGGCACCUCUGAGGUCAAGGUGCUGUCUGAAACUAAUGCCCCCCACAAGCUAGACCCACAAUGCCCACCCAGAACAUCUCCCCCAGCAGAUCUAGCUCUAGGGGCCACCUCUGGAGAACCACUUAAACCCCACACCCCCCACACCUGGCACCUCACUCCUGGUCAGCCCUCUGGUCCCGGGCAAACCAGUGCAAGUGACAAAAGCCUUCCCCAUCCAAAUUCCUCGCUGGCCUGGACACCUGCCGGGGGACCACACCCUCGAUGCCAGGGCUGUUUACUCCAUUGGGAAAAUCAGUCAGGGUCAGGGGUCUGGCACCAAGCAAAGCAGACGGAUUGAGGAGAAACCAAAUAUCCUUAUUCAUGUCUCCCUUUUCAAGUUCUAUGGGCAAAGGAAUCUUAGGGGUGGGGGUGGGGCAGGGGAACUAAAAGAGAUCUAAGGCGGCUAUUUGGAAAUCAAACCCACGAGCAGUUUUGUCUAAGACUACACCAGGCAGCGCCCAUGCUGUGUGUGCUUUACUGGGGUGGCUGAUUUGAGAUUGUGAUAGGACCCUAAGGGGGAGGGGGGCUGCAUGCAGGCAACACAGCAUUGCUUAUGUCUGGCAACGCAUAUGUCGGGGGGGUAACAGUUCAGAUGGCACUGGGGGUAUCGACAAUGGAAAGCACAGAAGGUCAGGACAAAGCUGAAAGUCCCCAUGGAACGAUCCCUGUCUAGCUGGGGAGUUCCACGGUUGGACCUUCGGGACCUAGCUCUUUGCUCAGCUACCUUCAUUUUGUGGUGGCAAAGGUGGUUGGGUACAAACUUCCUAACCCCAGAGUUAGAGAUCCCAAAGCCCCCUCAGUGUUUAACAAAUCUCUCUGCCGGGAAGUUCUUCCUUAGGUCUAUCUUAAAUUUCUUUGGCUACUACAGAAGUCAGUUCCCCCUAAUCCAGGAUUCAGCAAACUGUUACCGUAAAGGGCAGUAAAUAUUUUAGACCGUGUUCCUAUAAAACUAUUCAUGGAUGCUGAGGUGUGAAUUUCAUGGCAUGUUCACAUGUUACAAACUACUAUCCUUCGUUUGGUUUUCUAAAGCCCAUUUAUAAAUGUAAAAACCUCCCUUAACUUCCAGAUUACCCCCAAACAGGCGGUGGGUUGGAUUUGGCCCACAGGCCAUAAUUUGCAGAUUCCUGCUCUAGUCCACUGGUCUCAAACUUGGCUGCACGUUAGAAUAAUUUAGGAAGCGUUCAAGGUACUGAUGCCCGGGACCACCUGCAGAAGUGCUGGUUUCAUUGGUCUGGGUUGUGUCUGGGCUUCGUGCGUGUUCAAGGCUCCCGGAGGCGACUCCGAUGGACAGCCGGGCCUGAACUCUGUCCUUGUGCUCCCGGCUGUGGGAGUGCCGCUGGUGACAAACGACCUGCUCCACUUCUCACCACCGUGGUGACCUUAGGAAAGUUACUUGUGCCUUGAUUUCUUCAUCUGCGAAAUGGGACUAAUGACUCUCCCAUCACAGGGAUGUUGUAAGAAGUAAACGUAAAAUCCUGAUAGCAUGUUUAGAAGAGUGCUAAGCACAUAAUCAGCUCCCGGUGUUGGCUAAUUUGUUUUCUAGGAUAAUUUUAGUAGGUGUUUGGUUCUUUGACAAUGAUCCAUCUAAGUCACCGUUCAGGCUCCUUCCUCUGGAACCCUGGGGCCAGGAGAUGCUCCUUUGGAAAACAGAGGGUGGAGUUCUGGGGUCAAAGAAGUUUGGAAAACUGUUCUGGACGCAGCCCAAGGCAGCAAGUACAAAUCCUGGGGGCGAAGGCAGAAUGGGAGGUUAAGAGGUGUUGGUCUGGGGUGCGGUUUGUGAGUUUCAAAAAAUACAACCAGAGGGCAAGCUGAGCAGGAGGCCGAGAGAGACCAGGAGCUGCUGGGAGGGUGUCCUGUGCCCUCCUGCAUUCCUUCUACACCAUUUCCCCAGAGGUGCGCACGGUUCCCACGGGACUCCUUUCUGGGAUUCGUCUGGCCGCGUCCAGAGCGGCUCCCAAGCCUGCUAGGAAUGGGCUGAGGGUCACAGGACAUGAGGGCUGAGCCUCAGGGGGAAAAGUGCCAGCUUCGCUUGCCCCUUGAGGGGUGACCGAACCACAAGUCAAAUCCCAAAGCCACAGCCCCUUCCACCACCGAGAUGGAGCCUUCCUCAAAGCUAUAUUCAACACACCGAGUAAAACCUGGUGGUGAGUGGGUGGGCACGCCCUUGAAUGGGAUUCGCUUCACGGCAGGAGAGUCGGUGAACAUACAUGGAACCUGCAAGGCACGUGUUUAUAAGAUAACAGAAGAGCAAGAAAAGUGGGUGCUGGGAGGGACACUGAAGGAGCCAGAAAAGUAAACCAUUUAGGAUUUCAUGGGGCUGGCACCAUUUCCUCCGUGAUGACCUUUCCUCUCAUGAGAGACAGGAGUGCAUGUGUGCGUGCGUGCCAUAUGUGUGCAUGCGUGUGUGUGCGCGCGUGCAUGUAUAUGUGUGUGUGUCAAGGAGGGGGCGGUAGGAAUUGGUUUGCAGAACCAAGGACUUCCAUUGCAGGGAGUGUGUUUUCUGAAUUCUAAGUCAGGACGGGUAGUCUGAUACCAGAUCCUCAGCCUCUCCUGGGUGCCAGAGGCUUCCUAGUCCUUCCUUAUGCACACUGUGGUCCUGGACCAGAAGCAGGGCGUCACCUGGGAGCUUGGCCGAAGUGUGGGGUCCCAGGCCCCAUCCCUGACCUGCUGAAACAGAAUCUCGGGCAGUGGGACGCAGCCAUCUGGGUUUUAACAAGUCCCCAGGCUGUUCUCGGGCAUGAUCAAGUUUGCAAGACCCACGUCUAGGAUACAUAAGGCAAAACAGAAAAGUUGGAUGGUCAGGGACUUUUGGAUGAUUCAGGGCAUGUACCUUCAGGUGUGAGUCGGCAAAUCUGAGAUCCAGUUUGCCUGGUUAAUAACCAGCCGUGACAAACUCCCAGGCUCUAAGGCCUUGCCUCCUGGGCUGGGAGUGGUCUAUUUUCAGAGGAAAUCAAGGGGAGCACCUGGGCUGGGGCCCCGCAGUCAUUGGCUUUUCUGGCUCUUGGGAACUUCCCUGGGGUGCUGUGGUUCCUCUUUAAAGUGGGGGGGGGCAGCAGGGGGAGGGAGUGCUAUGCCCUUGUAGUCCUGUGAUGGCGUGUUGCAUGUGCUCUCUUGAGCUGUAAAUAAAAAGCCCAUGGUUAAUUAGCUGCCUUCCCGCCUCUCUCUGCCUCCGCUGGAGAUGCUCUGUGUGUGCAGGCUGGAAGCACGCUCGGGGCAUUUGGACGGGACCGUAAGCCUAGUAUUUCCUCUGCCACACGUUUGGGCGUUUGCUCUGAGCUCAGCAGUAAAUGAGACAGUCUCUGUCCUCGCCUGGACCUCAUCAUUCUUCUUCAACCAGACCUCUCGGUGGGAAUUUCAUAUCUUGACCUCCCUCUCCAUUUUAGGGCUGGGGCCGCUGAGGUCCCAAAGAGAUUGCAAGGCUAGCCACAGCAGGCUGGCCUCCUUCAGGGCCUGGGUGGCCACGUGUAGGGAAAAACAGACGCCACCUUCAGCAGGAUGGCGAGGAACAAAGAGCCGCCUCCCAUCACCGGGCCUGGGCAGGCUCAGAUGCUGUCUUGGGAAAGGACAUGAAUUGGCCAGGGGGUGGCCUGGCUUAGCAUCAGGAAGGCCAUCUCUUAUCUCGGUGACAGCUCCAGCCAGUGCCACCCGGCUCCGCUGGCCAGGCCCCACCAGGCCUGGCUGAUUGUAACACCGAGCAAGGCUGUGUAUGGCUCUCAGUGGCUCCACAUCGGGAGGCCAAGCCAGGGUCCAGACUCUCCUGGGGGCUGGGGUGACCGCAGACGUGGGAGGCCCUUAAGGGCCUGCUGUCCCAUGUGAAUCUCCCUGCCCAGACACCACUGACGGCCCGGCUUCUGCAGCCUGGACGGGGGGAAAUACCCUAAUCCAAGGGGUCCCAAAACGUGGGCCUAGGGUUCCCAACAUCAGGAUCCUCUGGGGGAGAAAACCCAAGUUUCUGAGCCCCAUCUGGGCCUGUGACUUGGAAUCUCUAGGGGUGGGGCUUGGCAAUCUGCAUAUUUGAUAAGCCCUCUGCCCUAGGUUCAAAAACAGCAUCAUCAAACCUUCUUGAGAACUCACUUUCCUCCCCACUCAAGCCCCAGGCAGCUGGUGAACCUCUCGCUGGGGAUGGUUCUAGGGAAUUGAGCCCAGAAAGUCCCCUUUAUAUAAGCCUCAAGAGUGCCGUCGUAGUGCGAGGCAGUCAUAGACAACACUGAAAUGGACAUGCACAAAGCGUAACAGUGUUCCAAUAAAACUUUAUUCACACAGAAGGGCAGCCAGCUGGAUAUGCCCGUGAUCUGUAGCUUGCCAACGCCCUAAUCUAUAAUGCUAACUCCUGGCUCCAUGGCUCCAGACAGGUAGGCGAAGCUUUUAAAAAACGCUUCUGUCCUGGGAUGUCAACUCAAGUCCAUUUCUCUUCACGACGGUCAGAGCAGUACCGAAGUGAGGAGUCAAGGCCAGUCGAACCCAAGGCCACAGGGAUUUCAGCUCUCUGCUGGCAGCCUGGGUGCUGCCCUCAGGGAAUCAGGUAGCUGGAUUGGGGGUGUAUCAGCCAUGGUUCUCCAGACAAACAGAGCCAAUGGAAUUUGUAUUUAUUUCAAUGUCUGUGUGUUUAUAUAUAUCUUCUCUAUAAAUAUAUUUAUACGAAUUUAUUUUAAAGAACUGGCUUAUACUAUUGCAGGGGUCAAUAAGUCUGAAA